UGCGGAGUUUGUGGUCCUGAUGAACCCAACAAACAAACAAAUAACUCGGCGUAGUUUUGCAGUAUUUUAGUUUAAAUUUGCUGUCUAAUGUUGAUGCAACUGCUGUAUAUAUCAUUGUUACUGGCUACCACAAAGAUAAUUACUAUAUUUAGAAACACAUUGCCACCAUCACUGCAGAAAUGUUGAAUUUCAUUGCUCAGCAGGCAUGGAAGUGCUCUGUGGUGCGCUCUUCACUGGUUUUGAGGCUCAUGAGCACCAGUAGAAAAAUUUUGGUUGAAGAUCAACAAAUGAAGUCUACACAAAGAGAGAAGUUAACCUUACAUUACCUUAGGUCUUGGAACUCAGUCAUUAAUUAUCAUUAUAAGGACAUGAUUAGUCACAGCGAAGUGCACACUUUUAUACGAGACUUCCCCAAAAUUAAGACUGUCCUUAAGACUGAACUUGAUAAAACAUUAACUGUUCUCAAGAGUGAAGGCUACAGCUGGGAUGAAAUUCAAGAGUACAAGGAGAUUCUUCUGCUAAAUUCUAAAGACUUGAGAGAUCGACUUGGAGUUUUGCAUGACUUUUUAAUACAGACGCCUACACUCCAUCAAGUAGUUUAGUGAGUACUGUACUGCCAUUCCCAUUAGUAAUAUUCUCACUGAGUUUUUCACCUGCUUUUUAGAUGUACUGCACAGAUGUUUUCACCUAAGUAUGAAAGGUAGGUUCUUACGAAUAUAUUUAUAGUUCUUUAUUUAAAUAAACAUAGAUGAUUCCAUUUAUAUAACUAUCUACCUUUAUGCCUUAAAGCCAUGCACACUCACUGUUGCAAAUUUAUGUACAGUAACACAUUAUUUUUGGGAUUUGAUGAGCUGUUGGAGUGAGAGUAAUUAAACAUUUAUAAAGGAACUCAGGGAAAAGAUGUUAGCCAGGCUUGAAUUCUUGAAUUGUUUGAAAUUAUCAUACAGAAUAUGAUUCAGUAUUGCAGAAAGAAAAAAUAUUCUAACUUCAACAGCUCUUGUAUGUAGUACAGGAGGGCCCCCACAUUCAAC